AUGGCUCUCGGUCCAGUGUCUCCGCCGCCCUCAGGAAUCGAUCUGUCCCAGGAUAAGCGACCUUUGAUCGUGGCCAUUUCAGUAACGACAUGGGCUUUGGCAUUGAUCAUGGUGACAUGUCGAAUUGUUGGACGACGCAUGAGGGGGGUUCGAUUGUGGCUCGACGAUUGGUUUAUUAUUGCAUCUUUGCCACCGUCAUUAGGCCAUGUUCUCGGCAUGGCAGCAUAUGCCGUCAGUCGCGGGCUCGGAAGGCAUGUCUGGGCGGCAAAACGCGAUAGCAUGUACGCCUGGGCGCUUGGGUUAUUUGUUGCCGAAAUAUGCUAUACCCUCACAUUGGUAUUCGUCGAGCUUUCCAUCUUGUCAUUUUUCUGGCGGUCUUUUUCUGUCCGCGACUCAUCCAAAUGGCCAAUUCUCAUCCUCGCAUCCAUUGUUUGCAUCUGGGGUGCUGCUGUACUCCUCGUUACCUUCCUGCAAUGUCUCCCAACACACGCGAUUUGGGACCGUUUCAAUCCCGUCAGUCCCAUAAGCGCCAGCAAGUACACCUGUGACGUUGAUCCUGUCAAGUUUUUUUACGCCAACGCGAUCCCGACCAUUGUAACCGACCUCAUGACGUUGGUCCUUCCGGCGCCUUAUGUCUGGAGACUGCAGCUACCGCGGGUUCAGAAAACAGCUCUAGGCUGCGUCUUUCUGGCUGGGAUAUUCGUCACCCUUGUUUCCAUCAUAAGGCUCUACUAUCUCCUGUCGCUGGAUCUGGAAGACCCCGAUGUUACAUGGAACUUCGUCGCGGUCGGAGUCUGGUCCUUUGUUGAAGGCAACACUGCCAUUGUUUGCGCCUGUCUGCCUUUCCUCAGGCCAGUCAUCAACAAAGUCUCAUGCAGCGGUUCCCUCAUCUUGUCACCGUUCUCAUGGAACAAUGCGCGAGGAUCUGAGGACUCUUGCAGAAGCUCGAACCAGACGAACGUACCCCCGUCUUGGGGCUUUGAGACAACUCUCGGCGCUUCGGUCACACCGGCCAAGUCUCACAACCGUGACGGACCCGAAAAUAACGAGCGCCCCUUUGCUCAGCUUGCGGAUGAUGCACCUGAAUCCGACUCGCAAGCUCGACAAGUUGAAAGGGAGUCGACCGAAUCGGAAGAUGUCAUUGCAACUCCAUUGUCGAGGGAUAUUACCCUGACAAGAAAUAUCAGCCGACAGAAUCAAGCAAUUUCGUGA